AUGAGUAAUUCCAACAUCUUCCAUUAUCCUAAUCAUACUCCACGAUCUAAAAUGAUUCGAAGAUUACCAACUCAACAAUCAUCGGACAAAGGAACAUCAAUAAUGCAUAAAGGAAUACACGUAUAUAUUUUGGGUGCAUUUAUUUUAAACAACGCUGCAAGCUUAGAAAUUACCGAGAAAAAUGAAUUGAUUACAAAUAUAUUACUUACAAACAUAGAUCAUAGUAAAACAACUCAUUCGUUUAUUAAACAAACAGCCGUAAGAACAGAUGGUAACAAAUUAGAACAGUUAAAAAAUAGUUUUGAUAAUAACAAAACUCAAGAGCAUUUGAAAGAUAUAAACAAGGCAAACGAUGAAAACUAUCAUGAAAUAGCUAAACGAUCGAUAUAUUUAGAUUACAGUUAUAUAGAUAAAGAAUAUGGUAAUAAUAAAACAGAAAAAAUAACACCAACAGUCAAUUCGACAACUGUAGAUGAAUGCGUUGGAUUAGAAGAUUAUUGUAACAUGACUAAAGAAGAUUAUGUUGCCAUGUUACAGAACUACAUAUACCCACAAACAUACGAGUGGAUUCUUAUUGCUACACAUACGACUGUAUUCAUAAUAGGUUUAGUAGGAAACGCUCUAGUGUGCAUUGCAGUAUACAGGAACCAUACAAUGAGGACGGUGACCAAUUAUUUCAUUGUCAAUUUGGCAGCAGCAGAUUUUAUGGUGAUAUUGUUCUGUUUACCACCGACGGUCCUCUGGGAUGUGACGGAGACGUGGUUUCUGGGUAAUACGCUGUGCAAAAUGCUACUUUAUUUCCAGUGUGGACCGCUGGUACGCCAUCUGCUUCCCACUCAAGUUCAAGUCAACAACUGGACGGGCCAAGACAGCUAUUCUCGUCAUAUGGGCUAUAUCGUUGAUAUUCAAUUCUCCGGAGCUGAUGGUCCUGGAAACAGUACAGACGGUGCCGCUUCGCUUCAACCUGCAAUACUUAGUCCAGUGUAUGGCCACCUGGUCUCCUACCAGCGAAGUGAUUUGGCAUAUCCUCAAGGUUCUGCUAAUUUACACACACCGACAUAUAAAAUGUCUGCUACCUCAAAGUUCUGCGCGUUCGCUCGUGCACAUAGAAGCCGUGAACGCUUGGGAAUUAGAAUACCUCUGUUCCUGAUGACUAUAGCAUACCAUCAGAUUGUAAGAGUUCUAUGGAAGAACGAGAAGAUUCCCGGUCAAGCUGAGACAGUCAAAUUGGCGUCAGCUGAACAAAGUAAGUCGAUUUAUAAUUCAAAACAAGAAAAUUCGAAUUCGAAACAAGCUCUUCAUGUACGGGGUAAUGAACAGGAAUUUAAUGUCCAGGCCGUUGUGAUAAACUUUUUAAAUGGAAAUCUAAUGAUCGGUCACAGCGUGGCAGGCGAUCUGAAAGUAUUAAAACUCAAACAUCCAUCUCAUGAAAUCCGUGAUAUAGCGGAAUUCCCGCAAUUUAAGCGGUUGAAAAAUAUAAAAAUUAUUGAAAUAAAAUUACAACUUUGGGGCGCAUUACCGAAGUCAUCGACUAGUAGGUACUACAAGAUCAGACCAACAUCGGCGCGGCGGCCGGGUGCAUUGCACCUGCUGGAUACGGGCAGAGCAGGGCCUAUAGUAGUGGAGACCCAUGGGGGAGGCCUAUGCACAGCAGUGGGUGUCGAACGGCUGAUAUGAUGAUAUAGCGUUCCUCAAAAAUUUAAAAUAAUAAAUGAAAAGAAAAACUUAUGAUAAAAAAGAAAUAAUGUUAAAGAUCAAAGACCAAAAGUUUGGAUGCGGGAACCUAGAACAAAAUAAAAUGAUGUGGUACUUCUACCUACCGUUACAAGAUCUAUCAAUAACUAUCUAAACGAUUGCUCAUUGGAUUGAUGACUAUCACAACUCAAGAUCCUAUGUGCUUCGAAAACGUGAAAGCUAUAAAUCUUAGUUUUUUAUUCUAUGACGUACUUACCCUUACCCUUGGAAACAGUUUAGUGGGAUAAAAGAAGCCAACUAUUAUCGGUUUAGUAUUGUGCAUUAAAUUGCAUCAAAAUCUUUUCAAUAUUUUUUGCGUAAAAAAUUAAUAAAAUAUAAUAUACAUACAACUUCCAUCAUAGCUACAUCAAUUUGCCAACAUCGAGCUCAUGGUACACCGUGGAUAUGGAACAGAACGACGCCGUGACAUUCCUGGCGCUGGUGUCGCACGUAUUGUGCUACGCCAACUCCGCCAUAAACCCGCUAAUAUACAAUUUCAUGAGCGGUAAGAAAGUUUCGGCGGGAAUUCCGAAGAUCUUUCCGAUGUUCAGAUUCAUCUGUACCAGAGAACUUGACGACUCUAAGCCGGAUGACCACAUCCAAAACACGUCGACAUUGUACGCACUCAGAUCACAGACCACAUGUGUGCACCACACCUUAUAAACACCAUCAGUAUAUUAGAGAUUGUCCAGUUUAUGAUUAAUUACUUUUAUCGAUGUUAACUUGAUCUGUAUGUAUAUUUUAAAGAUAAAAAGAUUUUAGAAUAUCUUUGUAUAAUUAGCAUUAAAGUAAUGUGUAUGUGUAGUUGUGAAGUGCUCGCGACUAUGUGUGCGUUACGACAUUCUCGUUUCAAAUCUUGCCAUUAGAACUCAAUAAUUUAACACCAAAAUUUUUAUUAUUUUCGAUCAAGUUUGCGUUCGAAACGCCAAACUAAACAAAUAUUCUCUAUGAAACUUUCUUAAAAAAUCCACUUUGUGCUGCUCUAAUCACUACCCAGAUAACCAAGUCCUGGGUUAGCUCAGUAGUCCUGGGUCGACUGCUCUAACAGUCGUCGGAUUGCGAAAGGUCGUGUACUCGAGUCUCAUCUCAGAGUGCCAGAGGCAAAAUGGUUUUUAACCAAUAUUUUUGUUUUUGGCAUCCUUGGCCAUGGUAAUAAAAAUAAAAUAAUUAUUGAAUAAAUUACGCAAAUGUACAUUUCAG